AGCGACUACACCAUGAAGCUAUACACAUUCUGGGCACUUGCAGUGCUCUGCCUCUGCCUGGGUCUUGGCCAGGAGGCCAGCAGCGAGAAGCUGGUCAACUGCUAUUGGGGCACCUGGGCCAACUAUCGUCCGGGCGAUGGCAAGUUCACGCCCUCCGAUAUCGAUCCCAGCCUGUGCACCCACAUCAGCUACACCUUCUUCGGCAUCGGCGAUGCGGGCGAGUUCAAGUCCCUGGACACCUGGCUGGACAUGGACGAUGGACUGGGCUUCAUCAGUCAGACCAUUGCCCUGAAGCAGCGUAAUCCCAAGCUGAAGAUCCUGGCCGUAGUGGGUGGCUGGAACGAGGGCUCCAUCAAGUACUCGGCCCUGGCCGCCGAUCCCGGCAAGCGUGCCACCUUCAUCUCCACCACAUUGGCGUUCAUCCAGCAGCACGGAUUCGAUGGCCUGGACCUCGACUGGGAAUACCCCGGACAGCGCGGCGGCAGUGAGGCAGAUCGCGUCAACUUUGUGACCCUUCUCCGUGAGAUCAAGGAAACCUUCGAUCGGUACGGCCUGGAGCUGGGCAUUGCUGUGGGCGCCUCCGAAAAGUCGGCGACCAUUUCCUACGAUAUUCCGGCCAUUUCCCAGCACCUGACCUUCAUCAAUGUGAUGACCUACGACUUCCACAUGGCUCUCGAUGGCUAUCUGGGCUUGAAUGCCCCCCUGCCCGAGGUGACCGAGUCCAUUGACUACUGGCUGGCCCAAGGUGCCCCCGCCGAGAAGCUGAUCUUGGGCAUUGGCUUCUAUGGCCACAGCUACCAGAUGGCCGAUGCCUCACAAAACUGGCCCGGAGCCGCAUGCAUUGGCCCUGGCACCGCUGGCGUGUACACGCGUGAGAACGGCUUCAUGGGAUACCACGAGAUUUGCCUGAACAGCUGGCAGACGGUGUUCGACCAGGAGAACGGUGCACCGUACGCCUUCCAGGGCGACCAGUGGAUCGGCUUCGAUAAUCCCGAGAGCAUCGAGAUCAAGAUGAAGCUGGUGGAGUCGCGCAACCUGGGCGGUGCCAUGAUGUGGUCCAUUGAGACGGACGACUUCCGCGGCCUUUGUGGGGAGUCCUAUCCCCUUCUGAAAACCAUGAACCGUGCUCUGGGCAAGGAGGUGAGCGGCGGCGGAGGCGGUGGCGGUGGGGGUGGUGGUAGUGUGACCCCUGCUCCCACUCCUGGUCCAACUCAGGGCGGCGGCAGCGGCGGUGGUGGAUCCCCAGCUGGAGAUUGCUCCACCGAUGGCUAUUUCCUGCACAACAGCGACUGCAGCAGAUACUACCAGUGCGUCGGUGGACUCCGAUAUGACUUUGAGUGCACCCCCGCCCUCCAUUUCGAUGUAUCCACCAAAACCUGCAAUUGGCCGGCAGAGGCCAACUGUCCGUACUAAAAAUAAUGCACAAAUAAAACCAACUGAGAGAUUAGUUCGAUUAUAAACACAGAUUUCU